ACCUCCGUGCGGCACUGCCUGCGGAGGAUGAUCUCAGCUGACUGUCUCUGUUAUUAUGUCCCCGGACGGACGCCGCCAACACCCAAACACAGUGCGGCCAAACAGGCGAGUGGCGCUCAGCAUCGUCACUAAUCACUGACUGCACAGGAAGAAACAUGAGUCACGAAUGAGGUCUGCACGAUGUCUUUUAAGAAGGAAACACCCUUGGCUAAUGCUGUGUUUUGGGCAGCGAGGAAGGGGAACUUGGCUCUGCUUCAGCUGCUGCUCAACAGCGGGCGUGUGGACGCAGACUGCAGAGACAGUUAUGGAACAACAGCGCUCAUGGUGGCGUCUUACAGCGGCCAUUAUGAGUGUGUUAAAGAACUUAUCAUGCAAGGAGCUGACAUCAACUACCAGAGAGAGACAGGUUCUACUGCCCUGUUCUUUGCCUCGCAGCAGGGGCACCAUGAUGUUGUGAAGCUCCUCUUUGAAUUUGGUGCCUCCACUGAAUUCCAGACAAAGGAUGGUGGCACAGCUCUCACUGUCGCUUCUCAGUAUGGACACUCUAAGGUGGUGGACACCCUGUUGAAAAAUGGAGCCAAUGUUCAUGACCAGCUGAAUGAUGGUGCCACCCCUCUGUUCCUUGCUGCCCAGGAGGGUCAUGUGACUGUGAUUCGCCAGCUGCUUUCAUCUGGUGCCAGGGUUAAUCAAGCGAGGGAGGAUGGCACUGCCCCCCUGUGGAUGGCAGCUCAGAUGGGUCACAGUGAGGUGGUGAAGGUGCUGCUCUUACGUGGUGCAGAUCGGGAUGCAGACAGACAAGAUGGAUCAACAGCAUUAUUUAAAGCUGCUUUAAAAGGACACAACAGUGUCAUUGAGGAACUUCUCAAGUUUUCUCCAUCACUUGGCCUUCUCAAGAAUGGCUCCACUGCCCUUCAUGCUGCUGUUACAGGUGGAAAUCUGCAAACUGUUGUGCUGCUGCUCGGGGCCAGUGCAGACCCCACACUACCGAACAAGAAUAAUGAACUGCCUGCACAUCUUACUAAAAGUGAUCGCAUUCUAAAGGUUUUACGUCCAAAAGUCUUAAACAAAGACAACUGAUGACCACCCAGCCUCCUGUCUCUAUGCCUUGCUGUACCACAUUUACAGCAUCACAGUGUCAUAAUCUACUCAGCCCCAAAAUGCGCUGUACAUUGUGCUUGCUUUUGACUGCAACUGAACCGAAGCUCUCAUAUGUUUAAUAAACCUAGACUUAGUCUAGAGCAACACAAUGUGCAUCCAAAAUGCAUUGUCUGCCAUGAGCAUCAUCUCCUUUAUGCAGUUGUUCUGCGGUAUAUCUACUUAUUUUUUUAUCCCAGGUGUUGUAGCAUUUCAAGAUAUUUUGCACACUUUUUCUUUGCCUUUUUAAUACAUGUAAUAAAGUGUAAAUUUGUUCAUUA